AAUACCAAAUACCCGUCUGGUGAACGUGUGUGUUUAGCCGGAUUUGUAAUAACGUAGGGGAACACAAAAUGGCUUAUAUCUUCCUACUGACACUGUUUGCUCUGAUUGGAGAAUCAUUGAGCGAACUGUGUAUCGCGUCGUCCUACUACAGCAGUUAUGUCUACUACACCUACUGUAGUUCGGGAUGUUGUGGAGGAAGCUUCUACAGCCAAUACUGCUGUAGCUCACUAGAAGUUGGGGCCAUAGCAGGUAUCGUCAUUGGUUGCAUUUUCGCCCUCGCCAUUAUCAUCGUCAUCGUGAUAUGUGUUUGCGCCCAGUUCAAUAAGAAAAAGACAGGCGUGAUUAUCAGCAACAACACACAGCAACAGCGUAAUGUGGCAGUCGUUGCGACCUAUAACCAACAAGGUGUUUACCAUCAACCUCCUCCGUCAUAUCCAACACCAAACCAGCUUUACAUGACACCAGCGGCCUACCCUCCGGGAGGUGUUAACCAGCCGGGACCAAGUGAUCCCGCAUACCCCCCACCAAACACAGCGCCUCCCCCUUAGAUAGGGACGCCGCAGAAGAAUUAAAGUAUGAUUUCGCUUCAGUCCAGUCGACAGUGUGACACACAAAAUGACCCCCUUACUUGAUGUAUCACCCCUGUCAACAUAACUCAAGUUUAUAUGCAACACAAUGAUGUCAGAUAUGAUUUAUAUACGACCUAUUUACUGUCACGCUACAUAUAGAACAAGUUCAUCCUGAUUUCGUCGAUGUAUCACACCAGUUUCUCGACAAUGGGUCAUGUGGUGACUGAUAUUCUGUCUUGAUAGGUCAUUUCUGUCAGCAAUGUGCCAUCAGAACGAAAAGUAGUACCAUUCACAUGCAUAAUGUUUUAGACUGAUUGAGACUGAUUUACAGUAUUCAUUCAGUUUCGUUAGAACACUGACAUUUACAGUAGGAAUACCUUCCUUGUUCAAACGUUAUUUAUAUCUUAUUGAUGUGCUCCUUUUGGAUUUAACACAUGUUUAGCCCCUGGUAACAUUGACGACUCCUAGUUGGACGAAACAGCUGUAUGAUACAGUUUUAUAUUCCGACCAUUUUUGUAUCCAUUCCUUGACUCAUAUCUAAGUGUGAUAUUCACAUUUGUGUUUUAUACAUCAACCUAAUUGUACCUAAGUUUAGUAAAUCAUUUGUAUGCGGAUUUCAGUUAAGACUUGAUUUGUACAAAACUGUGUCGAUUACCCUUCUAAUAUGUUUGCAUGCUUGAUACAUUCCUUAAAUUUAACAAAACCUCACGAAGCAAUCAUUUUUCUAUCUUAAGUGAUGAUAUGAAUAACUAUAUGUACAGUUUUGCAUUUAAUUCCCCUGUGAUCCAACUUGAGGUUACUUUUACUAUAAACAUACACUUGUAUGUUCGUCGUCUCUAUGUGCCAACUUAACUACAAAGUUAAUUAUAAGAUAGUUUUGUUAUUUCAUCUCUUACUCAUAACCGCAAUCUCUUAUGAUAUUUUAGCAGUGAUUGCAUUGGCGGCAAUGUUAGUCCACAAUUCUUACCAUCUUUUGUUGAGAAUUGGUUUACGCGUAUACUUUAAAUGCCUGGUUUUAUAAUUAAUUAUUUUACAUGCGAAAUAAAAAUCCUUGCAAGAGCAAAGAAAUGGCUGCAUGAAUCUCAUUGGAGGUGUUUAGAACCGCCUUGCUGCAUGUCCCAUGCAGUGUUGUGGUGGUUUCUAUAAUGAUAUUCAAUAAGGCCUAUUCUUCUUUUUUCUGUUUGAGGGACAUACGUGACUAAACUGAGCUGCUUUGAAGUUUCAUUUUUCAUGAUACUAAAUACAAACACAGAGUCAAUUGAAAAAAAACAACAUUUAAGUGUGCAACUUCACUGCAACUGGGACUUAAUUUUUGUACCUGCUGUCCCAUUGCAUGACCAUUAAAAACGACUACAUUUGGGAUAUUUUCUCUUAUUACUGCGUCCAUGUGGUACGAACGUUAAUACUAGACCGCGACAUUUAAAACAAACACAAUUCAGUUGUUAUGCUCGCUUACUAACUGGAUGAAUAGAAUAGUUAAUGGCCUUAAAUGUAUUAGAAAAUUGAAAUAAUUAUCCUCCCGAAGGAUUGGCCUAGUGCUAUAAAAAUAAAAUAGUGCUUCAAGCGGUAUUUGACUGAUUUGGAACGAUGAGUCUUACCAGUCUUUGUUUGUUAAAAAUGUCCUCGAAAAUAUAAACGUCGCCAUUAUCUAAUCAAUACAUUUAUUGAAACGAUGGUCAUUCUUUCUGACAAUCUCUAAAUAAUAUGACAGACUGCUGAGAUAGAACAUGAAAUAAGUAAUCAACACUUGACAUUUAUGACUCACGUUGUUUAAAUCACGUAUUACAAACAUGACUAUUAAUGUCAAAACACAUUUCAAAUAUAAUCUUGUACAUGGGGACCUGCAUCAAACAAAACAUAUAUUUCUACAUAUUUUCUGUAUUGCGGUUUUGUUUAGUUUUGUUUUGUAAUUAUGUUCUAUUAAAAAUUACGGAAAAUGAGCAGACAAAACAGUUAUAUAAUUCAUGUGGAUAGAACGGUAUUUGCCAUUGUCUCGUCGUGGCCAAGCACCAUAAUAAUUUGUUUGGUUUUGAAUAG